ACCUGCCUCCUGAUUGGUUAAUCCUCGAGAACAGGUUUGAUUGGCGUCCAGUAUGACUGUUUACACGUCACUGCGAGUUUUCUGAGAAGAUUUCGAGUAACUGUUUUCACUGAAACAAACAAUGGCAAGAAGUAAUAAAGCCGACCAGGAGCUCACGGAGGUGUUUAAUCAGCUGUGGGCCCUGGACUCUAACCGUCUCAAGCCAGGCAUUGAUUACAUCAUCUCCCUUCAGGGCAAGGCGGGUUAUGUGGCUCCCGGCAGCAACAGCGCCAGAGACCGGGCCCACGCUCCACUCUUCACAUACGUCAAUGAGGAAAAGCUGAAGAGCAUUGAGACGUAUGCGCACUUUAUCAACUUGUUGGACAACUAUGAGAUGUCUACUGGUGUGUCGGAGACUGUUACUGCAGAGGAACUUCAAGAGAACCGCCUCUUCAUUGAUGCCAUCGUGAAGACCGACGUCAUGAAGUGCGCUCACAAAUAUCUGGUCAGGAAGCGGCAGUCUCCGUCGGACCCGGCUCAAUUCAAGAGACAGUUGUAUGACAUCUGGUUCAAACUCUACCACAGGGACAGGAAUGGAGGUGAGGAUUCCUGUGGGUUUGAACAUGUGUUUGUUGGAGAGACCAAAUACAACCAAGAGGUCACAGGUCUUCAUAACUGGGUCCAGUUCUACCUGCAGGAAAAGCACGGCCAUGUCGACUACAAGGGCUACAAAGCCAGACAAAACAAGGACACACCUGAUGAGGACGACCACGUGCUGAGCCUGCAGUUCAGCUGGAAAGGCCUGGUGAAACCCGUCGGUUGCUCCUUCAUCGGUGUCAGUCCAGAGUUUGAGGUCGCUCUUUUCACCAUCAUCUUCCUCAUGUCCACCGAGAAAAUGACCUCUGUUGUGGUGAAGGUGGACGAGUAUGUCCUGGAGCUGGUUGUCUAUCGAUGCGGCCGAUCCAUCGCCACGUCCUACCCCAAGCUGCUCAGCAGUAACAACAGGGAUUUGUAGUUUUAACCCAAUCAGUCCAGAGCCGAUGCAGUCCUUUGUUACUACCAAUGUUUCUGUUUGACUUUUUGCAUUUAUGCAGUAAGAAAUCUGUAUCAUGUUCUUUUGCAAUACUUGGGGAAAAGUUAAAAUAUAUAGACUUGAGAUGAAUUCACAUCUUUUUAAAUUCCCACUCGGAUCAUCUUUUGAUCUAUUUAAAAAAAAUGUGUCAAUAUCAUUAUCAUUAUUUACAAAAAAAAAGAAAUCAUCAAUACAGGCUUAUUCAAGUAUUUGUGCACCUCAUCUGCAGUUUUAAUAAUAAUAAUGGUAAAACUGACUGAAAUUUGUAUAUUUGAUCCUUUCAUUUGCAAAAUCAAACCUACUUCCACGGCUUGAUUUACUUGGUUACAUGUAAAGUAAUGUUUGUGGGGGUGGGUGGGUAUUAAAGCUGGACAUUCCUUUGCAAA